AUGGUUGAACUGUUGCGUACCUCUUCAUCAUGCAUCCGUAACUUUUUGCAAGAUCGUAAGCAAAAGGGAUUCAAGUUUAGGAAACUCUUUAGAAAGUCGCCUCUGUCACCCCCACCGCCUCCGCCACCACCGCAGACUCAGUUCUCCGCCUGUGUCACUGUUCCCGAGUCACUCACAGCUCAGACCGACGAUGCUCUCACCGUCUCUCAUCGGCGAGCAGUCAGCGAUCUAGUCGUAAUCAGUCCCAGUUCCCCUCCGACCUCGCCUUUUAUGCAGCCGACCUCCAAACCGCCUCAAACCCCUGACAGCGGUAUCAAUCAGCCCUCUGCCGUCUCUCUACUUUGUUCCUCUUCGUCAACUUUCGCAAGCUCCAAGAUGUACUCCGGGAGCGUGGACUCAGCGGGCACUACUUCCCUAACGUCAAAUCGUUUCUCAUGGCCGAAGUCCAGCUCCCCGUCCGACUCCAGUUCUCUCUCAACUGCACUCUCCAACAAUCUACGGCUUACUGCUGAAGCUAGCACUGCCGCUUCAGGCAACAGUCUUUUCACAUCGCCUCCGAGAAGCUCAGAUAGUUGUAAAAUGGCGAACGGUUGUGAAGUCUCUGGUGUGGGUACGCCUCAACAUUUGCCGAGGUUUGUGGCGGGUGCCACAAUAGCGGAGGAAGAUGAAGAGGCAGAGGAAACUGGAAUGAGUUUAUACUUGGGAGGAGCUGUUGUAACUCCUCCGGAUUCUACCACAGCUCCCGUCGGAGCUGUGGACUCCGGAUUUGCGGCUACUGUGGCCCAGGUGUCAAGGCGGACUGGCACCUCGGCCCAGGAGCUAUACGCCCGCAUGAAGGAGGUUCGUCGACGACCUGAGGAUGUAAGAAAUAGGUUGAGGGGGCAAGCAAAUGCUGUGGUAAGCUCAAGCAGCGGUGGUGGUGCAGGAACUUCAAAGCGACUCUCGUUACCUGCUAGUCUCCACUUGCCGCCACACCUCCGACACAAAGCCAUUCAACUGCUCGAGGAGCCCAUGACCAGGAGGGAACGAAGACUAUCUCUGGUACGUUUUUUCGUCUUCUGCACUCCUCUCCGUAUCCUCUUAAAUCCAAAGUGA